AUGCAUCCAUCUAUCCAUCUAUCCAUCCAUCUAUCUAUCUAUCUAUCCAAGUCUGUACAUCCAUCUCUCAUCUGUCCAAAUCCAUCCAUAUCUAUCUAUCCAUCCAUCUGUCUAUCCAAUCCGCACAUAUCUAUCUCCCCAUACUGUUCAAAUCCAUCUAUCUCUCCAUCCAUCCAUCUAAGUCCGCAUAAUCUAUCUAUCUACCGUUUCAAACCAUCUAUCCAUCCAUCCAUCUAUCUAAGUCCGCACAUAUCUAUCUCUCAUACUAUCUCAACCAUCCAUCUAUCCAUCUAUCUAUCCAUCCAUCUAUCCAUCCAUCUAAGUCUGCACAUCUAUCCCCACACCGUUCAAAUCCAUCUAUCUAUUUAUCCAUCUAUCCAUCUAUCUAUCCAUCCAUCCAUCUAUCAUCUAAGUCUGCACAUUCAUCUCAUACCAUCUCAAAUCUAUCUAUCCAUCUAUCUAUCUAUCUAUCUAUCUAAGUCUGCUCAUAUCUAUCUCUCAUACUUCUGCACAUAUCUAUAUCUCAUACUGUUCAAAUCUAUCUCUCUAUCUAUCUAUCUAUCUAUCUAUCUAUCUCUCUAUCUAUCUAUAUCUAAGUCUGCACAUAUCUCUCCAUCCUGUUCAAAUCUAUCUAUCCCUGUCUAUCCAUCUAUCUAUCUAAUCUGCACACAUCUAUCUCUCAUACUGUUCAAAUCUAUCUAUCUAUCUAUCUAUCUAUCUAUCUAUCUAUCUAUAUCUAUCUAUCUAUCUAAGUCUGCACAUAUCUAUCUCUCAUACUGUUCAAAUCUAUCUAUCUAUCUAUCUAUCUAUCUAUCUAUCUAUCUAAUCUGCACAUAUCUAUCUCCUCAUAAUUGUUCAAAUCUAUCUAUCUAUCUAUCUAUUCAUUCAUCUAUCUAUCUAUCUAAGUAUGCACAUAUCUAUCUCUCAUUGUUCAAAUUCAUUCAUCUAUCUAUCUUCAUCUAUCUAUCUAUCUAUCUAAGUCUGCACAUAUCUAUCUCUCAUACUGUUCAAAUCUAUCUAUCUAUCUAUCUAUCUAUUCAUUCAUCUAUCUCUCUAUCUAUCUAUCUAAUCUACUCAUAUCUAAGUCUGGUCAUAUCUCUCUCUCUCUCUCUCUCUCUCUCUCUCUCAUUCUGUUCAUAUCUACCUAUUUAUCUAUCUAUCUAUCUAUCUAUUCUUUUUGAUUAUUUAAGUCUACUCAUAUCUAAGUCUGGUCAUAUCUCUCUCUCUCUCUCUCUCUCUCUCUCUCUCUCAUUCUGUUCAUAUCUACCUAUUUAUUUAUCUAUCUCUGCUUUUUGCUUAUCUAUCUAUCUAUCUAUCUAUCUAUCUAUCUAUCUAUCUAUCUAUCUCAUUCUCUCCAGAAAUUAA